CUUUGAGCUGCGGUGAGGAGGUUUGGCGUAGGUGGGCUUCCGUCCACCUCCCUCCGGCGUCAUGGCCGCGGCCGCGUUCGGGCUGUGGCGGGAGCAGCGCCUGGCGCGGGCGGACACGAGCCGGAAGGGCCGCCUGGACCUGCCCGUCGCGGGCCUCGUGCAGCUGCUCAACAGCCAGGACCGGUUCUGCACCACGAGCUCGUGCGCCGGCCGCGUGCUCCUCGUGCAGACCCCGCCCGCCGCCGCCGAUAGCAGCGGCUAUGAAGUACAGAAGAAGAACUGCGUCUGGCUCAUGGUAACACAUCACAUGUGCACCAAAGAGGAGGUGAUGACUGCAUUGCAGAAAGCCACUGGUGACGCUAUUUUCAAAUUUGAACCAUUUGUUCUCCAUGUGCUGUGUCGAGAAUUGCAAGAUGCACAACUUCUGCAUUCAGCAGCUAUAAAUUCUGGAUUCAGGAACUCUGGCAUUACAGUUGGCAGAAGAGGGAAAAUUAUGAUGGCUGUUCGGAGCACUCAUUGUUUAGAAGUUCCAUUAAGCCAGAUGGGGAAAUUGAUGGUCACUGAAGAAUAUGUUGACUUCCUAGUACAGAUAGCUAAUCGGAAGAUGGAAGAGAACUUGAAGAGGAUUGACAGGUUUUACAGCUGCCUGCAGUUGGCUUUGAAAACCCAACAUGGCUCUAGUAGCUCACUUUGUGAAACAGUCAAGACAUGUUCUACACACAGUUGCAGGAGCAAAAGAAAACCAGAUAAAGCAUGUGAUGUGAUCGCCUCUCCAGACAGUAACUCCUUUUGUGAAACAGUUCAAACCUAUUCUGUGUACGUUCGCAGGAGAAAAAGAAACACAGAUAAUGUGCAUGGUGUGAAUACCUCUCCAGAUGACGAUGAAGAUUCAGAAAGUGAAGACGACCCAGAAAUCAAUCUUAAUAUUUUUGAGGAAAUAUAUUGACAUGGGAUAUUAUCUCCUUGUUAAUAUAUGCCUAGAAGUAUGAAAACAUUGCAAGCAUACUGAUAUUUGUACUGCUCUUUAUAAGAGCUUUUAAACUUCUGUGUUCUGGGAAACAAUGCUAUUGUGGAAGUUUUACCAUGAGGACAAUAUUCACUAAAGCCACUAAUAAAACAAAUGUGACAGGUUCUGAGUUGUAUAUAAAAUGCUACAGAAAUGCACCUUCUAAAAAUAAAGUAUCUUUAUAUUUUAAAGACAAA